UGCGGCGUAACAUAACUUCCGUCAAUGAAAAUGUCUUCGCGUACGAAGAACAGUAUUUUGGAUCGGCCGCUUGCAAAGACAAAAGUAGAUAUCAACUUGAGCACAUUCGGAUUGCUUUUUUCUGAGAUGGUACAGUAUAGCCAAAAUAGAGUUUAUACUGUGCCAGAGCUGCAGCAGAGACUCGGGGAUUUGGGAAGACAUGUUGGGUUUCGCAUUCUCGACUUGAUGUUUGUGAGGGAGAGGAACUACAAGAGAGAAGUAAAGCUACUUAACAUGCUGCUCUUCAUCAAGUCAAGCCUAUGGAAGACACUUUUUGGGAAGGAAGCUGAUAAGUUGGAGCAUGCCAAUGAUGACGAGAAAACCUACUACAUAAUAGAGAAGGAGUCUCUGGUCAACAAAUAUAUAUCAGUGCCAAAGGACAAAGGAAGUUUGAAUUGUGCAGCAUUCACAGCUGGUAUUGUGGAAGCAGUGCUGGAAGGAUGCAACUUUCCAGCAAAGGUGACUGCACACUGGCACAAAGGUACCACACUUAUGAUUAAGUUUGAGGAAUCUGUUAUUGUGAGAGACAAGACAUUAGAAGGUAGAUAGCAUAUAUGAAUUCAUCUUCUACCUGCCUAUUUUGUCAUCAUCUUUAUUCAAAGCUUUGGUUCUAGUUUGUUAAAGCCGCACAAUGCGCAUCCAAACGCUAAUUUCUCCAGUACUAGACUAGCAAAUACUUCGUGUCAUGCAU